UUAGUGACUAAGGAACGUGAUUUGGCUGUGAAGGAGAAGCGCCAGCUCCAAGCCAAGCUGGAGAACCUAGAACAGGUGUUGAAGCACAUGCGAGAGGCCGCGGAACGGCGGCAGCAGCUGGAGGUGGAGCAUGAGCACGCCCUGGCCGUUCUCACCGCGAAGCAGCAGGAAAUCGAGCUUCUGCAGAAGUCCAAGGUCCAAGAGCUGGAGGCAAAAUGCCGCCUGCAGAGUGAGCAGUUCAGCCUGCUGUCGCGGGAGCUGGAGAAGUUCCGGCAGCAUGCUGGCACCAUCGACCUGCUAGGCAGCAGCCCUGUGGUUGCCCUGGACUUCCCCACAGCCCCCAGCAAACCUUUCCCGCCCUUCAUGAAUGGGAUCGCCACUUCCAUCGGCAAAGGUCAGGAUAGCCCCACUGGAAGCUACUCUGUGACUGGUGACUACAUCCUGCCCCUCGCGAUUCCUGGGGACAAGCCAGAGCCGCUGCCCCUCAAGCCCGCCUUUCUGUCCAGGUCCAGAGCCCCGAGAUGCAGAUUGGAGUCCGACAUGGAUAAUGAACGGAAUUCCAAUACCUCGAAGCAGAGAUACUCCGGGAAGGUCCACUUGUGUGUUGCCCGAUAUAGUUACAACCCCUUCGACGGCCCCAAUGAGAACCCUGAGGCAGAGCUGCCGCUCACGGCAGGGAAGUACCUCUACGUGUACGGCGACAUGGACGAGGACGGGUUUUACGAAGGGGAGCUCCUGGACGGACAGAGGGGUCUGGUACCCUCCAACUUUGUGGACUUUGUCCAGGACAAUGAGUCUCGGCUGUCGAGCUCACUGGGGAACGAGCAGGACCAGAACUUCAUCAACCGCUCUGGCAUCGGCUUGGAGGGGGAGGACGUCCCUGACCUCCGCUCCCCCACUCACAUUGAACCCAGCAUCACGGACAACGGUGGGGGGACGCUGGAUGUGAACAUCGACGACGUCGGAGAAGACAUUGUGCCUUACCCUCGAAAAAUCACGCUCAUCAAACAACUCGCCAAAAGUGUCAUUGUGGGCUGGGAGCCACCGGCCGUGCCCCCGGGCUGGGGGACAGUGAGCAGCUAUAACGUGCUGGUGGACCGCGAGACGCGCCUGAGCCUGGCGCUGGGGGCCAGGACCAAGGCCCUGGUGGAGAAGCUCAACUUGACGGCUUGCACCCACCGCAUCUCCGUGCAGUGCGUCACCAGCCGGGGCAGCUCGGACGAGCUGCAGUGCACGCUGCUGGUGGGCCGGGACGUGGUGGUGGCCCCCUCGCACCUGCGGGUGGAUAACAUCACCCAGAUCUCCGCCCAGCUCUCCUGGAUGCCCACCAAUAGCAACUACAGCCACGUCAUCUUCCUCAACGAGGAGGAGCUGGAUGUCGUCAAGGCGGCCAGGUACAAGUACCAGUUUUUCAACCUCCGGCCCAACAUGGCCUACAAGGUGAAGGUCCUGGCCAAGCCCCACCAGGUGCCCUGGCAGCUGCCGCUGGAGCAGCGGGAGAAGAAGGAGGCCUGGGUGGAGUUCUCCACGCUGCCUGCAGGUCCUCCGGCUCCCCCACAGGAUGUCACUGUGCAGGCUGGGUCCACCCCUGCCACCGUCCAGGUGUCAUGGAGACCACCUGUGCUGACCCCCACUGGGUUGUCCAACGGCGCCAAUGUGACGGGCUAUGGAGUAUAUGCUCGUGGGCAAAGGGUGGCCGAGGUGGUCUUCCCAACGGCGGACAGCACGGCUGUGGAGCUGGUGCGCCUGCGCAGUCUGGAUGCCCAGGCGCUGAGUGUGCGGACCCUCUCAGUUCAGGGCGAGUCCGUGGACUCCGUGGUGGCCGCCAUCCCCCCCGACCUCCUGGUGCCUCCAGCCCCCCACCCCAGGGCCGCACCCCCGACGAAGCCAUCCACAAGUGCCCCUGAAACCAAAGAUGCAGCCCCGGGCCCCCCUGGCCAGACACCCGUCCACGGGCACCUGCUGGAGCCCCCCAGCCCACAGGGCCCUGGGCCCGGCCGCCGCUCACCCUCGCCGUCCCGCAUCCUCCCACAGCCGCGGGGCACUCCCGUGUCCAGCACCGUUGCCAAAGCCAUGGCCCGGGAGGCGGCACAGAGAGUGGCCGAGAACAGCAGGUUAGAGAAAAGGAGUGUGUUCCCCGAGAGGAUCAGUGCCGGGCAGUACGCCAACUCAGACGAGGAGGACGGCUACGGCUCCCCGGACCCCAUGCGCAGGGGCACGUCGGUGGACGACUUCCUCAAAGGUUCCGAGCUGGGGAAGCCGCCCCACUGUUGCCAUGGAGAUGAGUACCACACGGAGAGCAGUCGGGGGUCUGACCUCUCAGACAUCAUGGAGGAGGAUGAGGAGGAGCUCUACUCGGAAAUGCAGCUGGAGGACGGGGGCAGGAGGCGGCCCAGUGGCACAUCCCACAAUGCCCUCAAGAUCUUAGGGAACCUGGUGUCUGCAGGCCGGGCCGACAGGGACCACGCGGGGCCGAGGUUCCCGCACGGCAGCGCCGGCCCGCCGAGGUCCCGGCCAUCCAUCGUGCCCACGUGCAGUGACUACGGGGGGCGGGAACGGCUGUCUCCAGACUUCUUUGAAGAGUCGGAAACAGACCCUGGCACAGAGGAGCUCCCAGCCCGCAUCUUUGUGGCUCUGUUUGACUAUGACCCACUCACCAUGUCUCCAAACCCAGAUGCCGCCGAGGAAGAGCUUCCUUUCAAAGAAGGGCAGAUCAUCAAGGUUUACGGUGACAAAGACGCAGACGGGUUCUACCGAGGGGAGACCUGUGCCCGCCUUGGCCUUAUUCCCUGUAACAUGGUCUCCGAGAUCCAAGCGGAUGAUGAGGAGAUGAUGGGACAGCUUCUCAGACAAGGCUUCCUGCCCCUCAACACCCCAGUGGAGAAAAUAGAGAGACACAGAAGUGGCAGGCAGCACUCAACACCCACACGGAGAAUGGUGGCUCUUUACGACUAUGACCCGAGGGAAAGCUCGCCCAACGUUGAUGUGGAGGCAGAACUUACAUUUUGUACAGGAGAUAUUAUUACUGUUUUUGGUGAAAUUGAUGAAGAUGGAUUUUAUUAUGGGGAGCUGAAUGGGCACAAAGGCCUUGUGCCUUCCAACUUCCUGGAAGAAGUGCCUGAUGACGUUGAAGUGUACCUUUCUGAUGCCCCUUCCCACUACUCUCAAGACACCCCACUGCGCUCGAAGGCUAAAAGGAAGAAGAGUGUUCAUUUCACACCUUAA